AUGCUCUCCAAUCAUCCAGCAAGUGCUUCACCAAAUUCCGAAUCAGCCGCACAGGAAGAGGCUUCAUCAUCGUCAUCCAUCAUCCCAAAUAACAACAACUCAGUUCAGCAAGUCUCUGUUACUCUUGGAGAGGCUAUUCGUGUUGGAAAGGAGAAGAAGAAACAUCUCUCGGAACUCAACAAACUCAUCACGCAAAAAACCAAAGAGCUGGCAAAGACGGUCAAACAGGCCAGUUCCGAGCAAAAAGAUGAAAUGAAGGAACGUCGUGAACGAUUGAAAGAAAUCACUAAUGAAAUCAAAGAUCUUCAAAACGAAAUUGAUGAACUUACUCAACAGGUGGAAGCUAGAAUUGAGGGAACAGCCAAAGAUAGAGAUGAAAAACACAAGUAUAUCCAAUAUCUGAAGAACUAUGAAGCCGCCUAUGAAACAGCCUUGAUUCAACAUCACAAGUUUGAAGAUGAGAAAUCUCUUCUUGAUGAAGAACGCUCUCAGUUGAAAUUAACUGUUGCAACCAAAAAACAAGUCUUACCUUGCUCGUAUCAAGUGUUUACAGAGUCGCUCGCUCAAAUGGAAGCAACUCUUAGCAAUCCGCAAGAGACUCCUCAAUCAGAACUCAAACAAAUUCGUUCCAAGUACAACAAAUUGAAGGAUUCUCAAAGAUUAUUCGACGAGUACAAUCGUUUGUUACAACAGCUCAACGAUGUACAAAAAAGAUUCCAGCAAGCUGUUAAGCAAUUGGAGGCCUCUAACAAAACUGUGACAAAAGCCAAGAAAGACUUGGAGAAGGCAAAACUUCAAUACGAACCACUUGUCUUGGAGAAAUCCAAAUCUGAAGACACUAAUACUGUUGAGGAGUUGAACAAAUUAAUUUCCAAGAAGAGAAAAGCUAUUGCACAACUCACAAAAGAGAAAAAGACAAUUAAGCAAGAAAUUGAGAAUAAUGAGAAAAAGCAGCUUGCUGUUGGUUCGGAAAUUAAAAGCGAAUUGGCAGAGCUCACUCUCAAGAGACUACAAGUGAGAGAUGAAGUGGACACGCUCUCAACGCUUGUUCGUACCGAAAUUAUUCCAUAUACAAGUUCUCAAGAGGGCAGUGUACUCGGCCGUGUUAUUGGAAAAAAAGGAGCCACUCUUGAAAGCAUUAGAAAGACUUCAAACUGUGAAAUAACCAUCGUUAAAUCUGAAAACCAAAUUGUCAUCAAGGGGUCUCCUGAUAAUGUUACAAUUGCAAAAGAAGCAAUUCAAAAGUUGUUGGAGGAAAAACAUGAAAGCGCCUCUGCUUCUAUUCGUUUCAAAUUAGAGAUGUUUGUACCUUUAACCAAGCUUGUCGCACACUGGAGAAAGGAGACAAGUGCAAACAUUUAUUUGGACAAGUUGGAAGGUGUAUGCAAAAUUUCUGGUUCUGCUGAACAAGUUAAGAACGCCAAGAAAUUGGUCAAUGAUUUCAUUACCACAGGUGUUCAAGAAAGAACAAUCCAAAUUACAAAACUAGGCCAAUCGCAAGAGGACAUGGUGGAAUUGCUAUUCGGCGUAAAGGGAGAGAACUUAAAGAGAAUUCAAAAUCUUCAUGGUGUUAUUGGUGCUCAAAUCGACAAGAAAAACGAUCUAGUGAAUGUUUAUGGUACUUCUUUGGGUGUUGAGAACGCUUCAAAAAUGGUUAAUUCCAUGAUGAAAGAGGCAUCUCAUACCGAAGUGCAAUUGGAAAAUGCAACAUUUGCGGAGGCCGUACUAAAUUCUAGUGACAAGAUACAACAGGAUACAAAAACCAUUAUUAGUGUGGUUAAAAACAAGAAUAUUGUGAGAAUUUCUGGCUACAAACAAGAUGAUGUUAAAAAGGCAAAACAAGCAAUUGAGGUAAUUAUUGAAAAGGAGAAGGAACAUCAAAGAAAAACACAACACAAACAAACAAUCUCUGUAGAAAAUAAGGUUGCUCAAAUUUUCAAGAAGAAGUCAUCAUCUCUCUCACAAGAAACUGAUACGAUAAUCAAAAUCUCUCACACCAAACCUCCAAAGAUUACAGUUUUUGCCGAGACUCAAGAGAAGGUUCACCAUGUCAUCCACAUGAUACAACAAGAGGUUGAAAAACAAGCACAAAUUAAGGCUGAAAAAGAAAAGAAAAAGUCUGAAGAUGUGAAUAGCGAGAAAAAGCAUGAGGAUAGUUCUGAAAACCAGGUGGUGAAUCAAACAUGUGAGGAGCAAGUUGAUACCACACAAGAAGCGCCAGAAGCUGUGAAUCAUCAGCAGAAAAAAGUCGAAGCUGAAUCCGAACCAUUGGAAUCAACCGAGAAUGUCACCAACUCUCAAGAAGAAUGCUCUUUGAAAACACAACAAAGUGAAGAGAAUUCCAGUACGUCAGUGCAACAACAACCUUCCGAUGAUACCGUAGAGAAAUUGGAGACUUCCAAUACUGUAGAAGCUGUUGAAAUUCAAAAUGAAGAAAUUGAACAAGUUGCGGUUUUGCAAUAA